AUGAAUUGGAUUGGUACCUCACUACUUCUACUUGCGUUGAUAACCACACAAACACUGGUGUCCGCUCAAGACGACGAAGACAUAGAAACCACCACUACAAUUGACGAAGUUUCGACCGACGAACCAUCCACAGAGGAAAAUCGAAUUUUGCUGGAUUCGAAAUUACGAACAGCAUUGCUACAAGCUUUAAGCGAGAUUGAAAACGAAGAAGAUGAUGAACAAACCAUCUCUCAAGCCCAAGCUAGUGCUAUUACCAUUAUUAAAGAUGCAGAUGAUAAAGAAUCUAUAGUAAAAUCUGAAGAUACUUCAGAAGAUAUCCAAACUAAUGAUGCCACACCAACAACUACUAUUCCAUCAAGUUCAACACAAGCCACUCAAGUUCUUUUCCAAAAAAGCGAAGCUGUCCAAUCAAAGUCGAUAACUUCUUUGGAAAAAAUUCCUUUGGAUGCAUUUAAAGAUGCCGAACAAAUUAUUACAAGUGCUUCAAAUAGUUUUCUAACUAGCAACAAUGAAGAUAAUCGGCAUAAUGAACAUAUUGAAGUUAGAAGUGUUCCAAAUAGAGAAUCAGUACUUCAGAAUGAACAAAAUAGUUUCCAAGCCAACACCAAAACUUCUAAUUUUCCUACAUUGAAUGACAUUUCAAAUAAGGAAUCGAAAAAACCAUCCAAAUUUUUCGUAGAAAAAUUUUCUUUUGGUAAAGCAGUUGAUUCUCCAACUUUUGUAAGAACUUCUUACUCGACUUCUUACAAAACUUCUUCUUCAUCAAAAGUCUCUAAUAGUAAGGCUGAAAAUGUCAAAACCAGCACUUCUGGAAACAAUAAUAAUAAUAAUAAUGAAGUGAAAGCAGAAACUGUCACUCAAAGUACUCCAGAAAUUUCUACUGAAGAAAAUGAAGCAAAAGUCGAACAAGUCCAGUUUUUCUCAGCACCCUUAGUAGCUGCCUUCACUGUCCAUCAAGACGAAGCCGGUCAACCCAAGAAAGUUGAACCAAUUUAUAAAAAUGGCCUUGAAACCAAAAAAGAGAAAGUUGCUACAGUACAACAACAAACUGUUUUUGCACCCCAGCCGACUCAGACUCUUCUACAAUCAUCCAGUUUCAACACUCUAAGCUUGCAACAAAAACAACAAAUUCUUCAACAAGAAUUGGAAAAGCUUCGUGGCCAGCAACAAAAUCUUCAAUCCAGAAAUAAUUUCGCCAAUGUCAAUUCGAAUAAUAUCGGAUUCACUCAAAACGGUUUUAGACAGGCCAUCAAUCAAAACUUUAACCAUUUGGAUCCUGUUUUCACCGAACCAGAUCGUUCUGUAGUAACAAAACUAGCCACUAUAGAUCCUAGCAAUAUUUUAUCGCAAAAUUCUGAUUUGUUUUUAAACAGAUUUACUGCAAAUGAAGCAAUAUUACCUUUACAAAACAAUAAUUUUAACCAAGCAGAUAAGCCAAACAGGCAAAAUGAAGUUACUUUGGUUCCUAGUAUAACAUUUGAUCCUUUGAGUGAAGCAGGCAAGUUGCCUAAAAAUGCUCAAAUUUUGCCUAAUAAAGAACCCACCGGAUUCAAUACAAUUCCAAAAGUAGAACAACAGCAACAAAAUUUUAACUUUGCAAAUCAACAAUUUAUCCAACCUUUGCCCAAUAAGGAAUCAACUGGAUUUAACAAACAAAAUUUCGUUCAAUCUAACAUCAACAGUUUUGUAAGACCACAACAGAAUAGUUUCGUACAAAAUAACCAAUUUGCCAAUCAACCACAAAGGUUUUUGAGAAAAGAACAAGGUACUGGCAAUUUUGGUUUGAACCAGCAAAAUACUUUUUCGAUAGUGCCAUCUCAGCAACCCUAUCAACCCAAAAUCGAACUAAGCUAUUUCCCUGAUAAUAGAUUUUUGAGACAAAAUGAAGCAGUCUUAGCUCAACCUCAACAAAACUUUGUGUCUCAAAACAGGUUUCAAGGAUUCAAUAAUUUCCCUACUCAAAACACUAACAGAAAUAGAUUCUUUAGAUCAAACCUUGAAGGUACUUUACAAAAUGUUCAACAACCAUUUAAUAACAUACCUCAAAACACCAGGUAUUAUAGAUCGAACCAAGAAGCUACUUUGACCAGUCCUCAAAACUUUGGAUUUAUUCCUCAAGCUCAAAAUGUAAGAAUUUUGAGGUCGAAUCAAGAAAAUACUUAUUUGAGCAAUCAAAAUAAUGCCUACUAUCAAACGCCGUUGUUGCAAAAUUACAGAUACAGUCAGUCUUUUGGAAUUCCAACUCAUUGAAAAUCAUACAUUGAAAGAAUUAUACUUCAGGCCAGGGUAAAUUUGAAAAGUUCGAAUUUUUAGUAUCUUUUAUGAAUGACAUAUUGCCAUUAGAUAAUUAUUUAAAUUAGGGGUGUAAAGAUUUUUGAAGAUUGACUCAAUAGUAUUUGGUAAUAAUUUUUGUAGCUCAAAAUUUCUGUUCAUGCACAUUAGUCAUAGUAUUUAUAUUUUUGUAUGUAUACGUACUUUUUGAUAUAAAUAUAUAAAUUUAGUUUUAAGAUUAUUUAUGAUAGUUUACACUUUUAUGGUAAGACUUCAUCGACUAUAGGGACAUUUAAAGGAAAGUAGAAUUGUGACAAUUAUUUUAAAAAAAAUCAAAAAUGCAUUGAGUAGAUAGUAGUGCUAGGAAUUCCCAAGCCAGUUUCUAAUAAAAUAAAAUAAUAAUGUAUUGUUUUAUACUAUAUUUGGAACAAUGAUUUUUCUAUUUGGUUUACUCCUACCCACUCUGCACCCUCUAAUAAUUAUUAUUGUGUUAUAAAUAAAGUGUUUCUAAAA